CUGAAACUGCUCUCUUGCAGUGCUUUUGCUGGCAGGAUCGCAUGAAUCAGGACAUUCUGUCCGGGACAGGGCUUACCUGUUGGAAAAUGUGUGUUUUGAUCAUACGAAAUACACCGUAGGACUGUUUGGAUACUCUUGAAAAGCAGAGCCAUUAAAGAGUGUCAGCAAAGCCAUGGGUGCCGUCGUCUGAAUGAUCAAAGAAAUAGCCAUUCUAUGAUGAGAAACACCUUAAUCUCUUCUUCUACAAAGUGGAGUAUUUCCAGUCCAUCAGUAAAUUGGAUCUAGCUAUGGAGGUUUGGGCUGUAUGAUUAAAUCUCAAUCCUUGAACCUCAUGGAACCACCAAUAAACACAUCUGAGCUUCCACCUCCUGCUCUUCCAAACAGACCCCAGCAUGAAUUAUGUCUCCCGUUACACAGUAAUGAGCACAAUAACAUUGCAUUCACCUCUGAGUCUUCCACCCUGUCCUCGUCAUCGAUUUCUCUUCUGUAUGACCGAGGCGAGACGUCACCGGACUCCGUGCGCAGCUUGAGUAGUCUGAGCAGUGCCAGAACCGAUAGUCCUCUGGAUGUGGACAUGCCUGAGGCGGAGAUGGGAAAAGUAAUGGCCAACAGCGAUGAUUCAGGCAUACAGAGCCCAGACUGCAGACCAGACUACGCAGAGGACAACGACAACUCUGUGUCGGUCUAUCUGGAUGCUAAUGAGGACUGCUGGAGUGACAACGACAACCAUAAUGUCACUUCGGUGGUAUCGCAGAAGGUCAGUCAAACUGAUGGCGAUGAUACAUCCUUGUGCUCUUCAGAAACCGGUGAUGAUGACACAAAAGAUGAGGAAGAAGAAGACUCUUUUCUUUCUUUAGUUUCAGUAGAAGUAAUGAUGAAGAACCAAGCUGGAGUCUCUGCUCUGGAGGUCUCUACCGUAUAUCAAGUGGAAAUACCAAACACUGAUUUACAAGUCACUUCUGAAGGCCUACAAUCAGAUGUGUCUGAAGGGUGUUUGUUGAAUGAAACCAACAGGGAAGUUGUCUACGAAAAAGGGGAAGUCUCUGUAGCCAUUCAAGAAAUUUACGUUGUGAAUGAGACAAUUGCGUUACCUGAAAGUUCUGAUGUUAUUAACGUCUCCAGUUUUAUAAAAGGUACCAGAUCCAUCUUAAAAGAUGACAUCCAGCAAAACUCUGAUGAACAUCAAGAAGACGUCUCUAAUAUGGAUGUGGUGUUUGAACCCAAUGGGGAAGUUGUCCACGAAAAAGGGGAAGACUCUGUUGAGUCGCUUUUAGCAAUUCAAGAUAUGGGUGUUAUGAAGGAGACUGUGGUCUAUUCUGAAAGUUCAGAAACUAAUGAAGUCUUCGGUCUCAUAGCAGAUGACAUAAUUGAGUUGCCUUUAGCAAUCCAAGAUAUCGAUGUUCUGAAUGAGACAGUGGAAGCCAACAUGGAGGUUGUCCAUGAAAAAGGAGAUUCCUCUAUUGAAUCCAUCCAAGAAACUAAUGUUAUCAAUGAGACAAUGGUGUCUACUGAAAAUAAGGGUACUAAAAAUGCAGCUUCUUCUCUCUUAAAAGAGGACUGCCUGCCAAAACCCAAAGACCAACCAACAGACAAGUUUAAAAUGGCUGCUGGGAAUGAAUCCAACAGGGAAGUUGUCCACAAAAAGGGAGAAACAUCCAAUGAUCCAAUUCCAUUCAAAGAGACAAUAGUGUCUCCUAAAAAUUCACAAGCCAAUAAAACCUCCUCUGCUAUAAUAGGUACCAAAAAGAUAGCUUCUCCCUGCUCAAAAGAUGACAACCAGCCAAAAGUGAAUGGUCAACAAUCAGAAAUGGCUACUUUUAUUGAACCCAACAUGGAGGCUGUCCAUGAAAAAAGAGAAUCCUCUGUUGAGUCCAUCCAAGAAACCAAUAUUAUCAAUGAGUCAAUGGAGUCUCCUGAAAAUCCAGAGGAUAAUAACAUAAAGGGAACCAAAAAUGCAGCUUCUUCUGUCUUAAAAGAGGACAAUCAGCCGAAGUCCAAAGACCAACCAGAAAGCCUGUCUAAAAUGGCUGCAGUGAAUGAAUCCAACAAGGAAGCUGUCCACAAAAAAGGAGAAGCUUCUGUUGAUCUAAUUUCAUUAAAAGAAACAAUGGCGUCUCCUGAAAAUCCACAGGCUAAUAAAACCUCCACUUCUUUAACAGGUACCAAAAAAGUAGCUUCUUCCUUCUCUAAAGAGGACAAUCAGCCAAAGUCUACAGCAAAAAAGACGAAUGAUUUGCCAGGACAUGUCCUAGUCAAGCCCACCCAGACCAAAGCCACAAAACCUGAGGCGAAGAGGUUCCCCAGGCCCGACUUGAGGAACGUGAAGGCCAAGAUCAUCUCCAGGGCUGCUUCUUCCCCAAGAUCAGCCAAUCCCCCGAAAACAAACACUGUACAGUCAGGAAGUGUGAAAGUUCAUGAGAGCAGGAAAGUGGAAGAUAAAGCUGUUGGAAAAAGAAGCAGAUCAUCAUCAAACCACACAAGAGUGAGUGAAACAAGGACUUGCUCGAGUGCUGAAGUUGCCUCGAGUGGUGGUCGGGAGAAUGAUGCAAACACUUUAUCUUUGCCGACACAAGGAGGAGAAACAACAAUGAAGUCAGAAUCUGCUUCUUCAACUGAUUUUAAAGAUGAAGGAGUGCCUCAGCUUGAUAAAGAAACUUCUAAGAGCCCCAGUAAGACUGUGUCCUCCAAGCUGGGACCAUCUCUUGGGACUUGCAGCACAUCCAGCUCUGGGUCUCCAGAAGGCAGACCGAAGACCUCAAACCGACCCACAGGUAGUUUGGGUCCAGCGGGAGGCCGAGUGCUGCAGCCGGCUGGUAUUCCAAGGAUGCGAAACACAGACAGACCCACAGUACCCAGCAGCCCCCCGUCUGUCUCCAGCUCUCCCUGUAAGGCUCCUCAGAGAACUGCCUCUUCAAAACUGCCUGUCAAAGGUUUACCCACAAGCUCCAGCUCAUCUUCACCGGGAAGCACAAUCAGCGAAAGCAAUAGUACUGCUGUAAACAAAGUUCUUGUUGAAGUACCAAAGAGUGAGGAGAAAUCUCUCAAACAAUCACCCACAUCCCAGACGCAAGUAAAGUCUCUUGUUAGCAAACCUGCAUCAGGUCACCGCAGCAGAGCGAGCUCCACACCAACCAAACCAGCAGCAGGACUAAAGGCUCCAGCUGUAAUCAACCAUGUGACAACCAAGAAUAACCAGAAUGCUUUGCAUCGCAGUGGAUCUACACGGCUCAUGCGCUCAUCAUCAGUAGCAGUGGACAAGAGCUCCAAAGGGUCCAAAGCUGCAGUGCCCACGGCUGGCCGGACGCCACAGCACAGCGCGACUGGUCAAGCAGGACCGGUGGAGGAAGAGGAGGAGAGAGAAGAUCUCAGUCUUCAAAACGAAAAGAAGAGUCAAUGCAUUCUGCAUCUUCGUAAACUCAUCGCUAAUGGCAAUCGGCGUCUGGAGGCUCUCGCUCUGGUCGUGCAGCACAUCUUCAGUGAGCGCGAGGUGGCAAUCAAACAGAGGGAAGAACUUUCUGUCCAAAUCAACAACCUGCGAGAGCAACUGAGUAACUCUGUCUCAUGUUGCGAGCAGUUGGAGAAAGAGAAGGAGGAGGUGCGUGUGACUCUGGAGGCUCUGUUUCAGAAACUUCAGGAGCAGCAUCAGUCUGAACUGCAGCAGCUGGAAAAGAGACUGAAGGACUUCUACUCGGCAGAAUGGGACAAAACCCACGAGGCCUAUCAGAGAGAGGCUGAUAAAUGCAGGGCGCUUAUGCAGCAGCAGGUGGAGGAUGUGAGGUACAAACAAGAAGCACUGAGGAAGCAACAGGAAGUGGCACACACUGAGCAGAUAGCAACACUGAAACAUGUACAUGAGACUUCAGUCACAGAGCUCAAGAAGGCUCAUGACAAUGACAUGCAAGAACUUGACAAAACGCUCAAGGAGUCUGAGGCCAUGCUCAAUGAGAAAAUUGAGACUUUGACAGCAGAAAAUGAGGCUUUGAAAGAAAGGCUGACAGAGGAGCAGGAGUGGAGGAGAGCUGUGGCUGACAAAGCCAGGUAAGAUGUGCAAUAAUGUGCAUAUUCUCAAAACGGCUUUAAGGAUGACACCGCAAGAAGGUUGUUGUUUCGAGUUCUGGCAUGUGUGGAGUUUGCAUGUUCUCCUUAUUCAUGUGGGUUUCCUCCGGGUGCUCUGAUGUCUCCCACCGUCCAAAGACAUGCAUUUUAAGUGAACUGGGUAAACAAAAUCGGCCUUAGUGUAUGUGUGUAAGAGUGUAUGGGUGUUCCCCAGUUGGAA